UGGGGCGGUCACGGCAGUGCGGCUCCCGCAGCGGCUUAGUCCGCGGACUCCUCGCGUCCUGCUGAGAUGGCGAGCGCAGCUGCACCUGCAGCCGCAGACUCCACCCUGCCUCCGGCUUUGGAGCAGCUCCGGCACCUAGCAGGGGAGCUGCGGUUCCUCCUUCCUGGAGUGCGGGUCGGCGAAGCCCGGGAGACCACCAAGGAGUUUGAUCGGGAAACCUUUUGGAGGAGAUUUCGUGAGGCAGCUAUGGCAGUGUCAAGGGCAGCCACGACUCUGACCGAAGUCUUCUCUCGACUUCCACUGCCGUCACCACAGGAAACCCAGAAGUUCUCUGAACAAGUCCAUGCUUCCAUCAAGGCAAUUAUUGCAGUCUACUAUUCGCUUCCCAAGGAUCAGGGAAUCACCCUGCGAAAGCUGGUACGGAGUGCCACUCUGGACAUCGUGGAUGGCAUGGCUCAGCUUGUGGAAGUGCUUUAUAUCACUCCAACUCAGAGCCCUGAGAACCUUAUUUCCUACAACAGUGUCUGGGAGGCGUGCCAACAGGUGCCUCGGAUCCCAAGAGAUAACAAAGCUGCAGCCCUUUCAGUGCUGACAAAGAGUGUGGAUCUUGUGAAGGAUGCACAUGAGGAAAUGGAGCAGGCUGUGGAAGAAUGUGACCCUUACUAUGGCCUCUUGAGUGACAUUGAGGAGGACAACUCUGACAACCACGGUGAUGAGGAGGAUAUAUUGGGAUGUCCAAGCAAUCGGGACUCAUAUUGGUCAGAGGAAGAUCAGGAGCUCAUAAUCCCAUGCCUUGCACUGGUGAGAGCAUCCAAAGCCUGCCUGAAGAAAAUCCGGCUCUCAGUGGCAGAGAAUGGGAAGAAGGAUCAGGUGGCUCAGCUGGAUGACAUUGUGGACAUUUCUGAUGAGAUCAGCCCUAGUGUGGAUGAUUUGGCUCUGAGCAUAUACCCACCCGUGUGCCAUCCGACUGUGCGAAUCAAUUGUGCAAAACUUGUAUCCGUUUUAAAGAAGGCACUUGAAAUUACAAAAGCAAGUCAUGUGACCCCACCGCCAGAAGAUAGUUGGAUCCCUUUACUUAUUAAUGCUGUUGAUCAUUGCAUGAACAGAAUCAAGGAGCUCACUCAGCAUGAAGUUGAAUUAUGAAUUUUCAGGCUCAUUUGUACUCGCCUCUCUCCCUUUCUUACUGUCGCAGCCAAGCUCUGAUGUCUGCUUUUAGAAUGGGGCUAGGAUACUUUCUGGAUCGAAAGGGAGGUCCAAUCUAUACUUAUCAAGAGACACUAUUACCAAAGUUUGUUGAUUAGGCCAAACUGGCAAUUAUUUAAAUACCAUAUGAAUAUGAUAUGUUUUUCUGUGCCAGAUAUAAAAGAUAACUAUGAGUUUUUGUUCUUGAGUUGCCUCUCAGAGAUUCCUGGGGAAGCUGCCUUAUUCCCUAUUUGCAAUAACAUGUGUCGUUUCAUUGUUAAAGAUGUUGAUAGUCUCAAUAAAAUGCUAACCUGCUAGUGGUUAAAUGAGUACCUUUCCAAAGUCUCUUCUACCAGAAAUAUGUGGGUUGAGACUAACAACAUUGCUUUUGUUUAGGUUUAUAGGUCUAAAGAUCUGAUUCUGCUCAGAAAUACAUAUAAAAGAAAAAGACUUGACUUUUUUUAGAGCAGAUGUCUCCAGAACCCCUCUUAGUACUUCAGCGUGUUAUAGAAUAUAAUUAUUCUCACCAGAAGGUUCUUCUGAAUAUUAUUCCAGUUUACUCCAUGCCUCUAUUGGUAUUGAGCUUGUGAAAAUUAAUAAAGGGAAACCUUCUUUAAAAUGGAGUUGAGAGGCCAGAAAGGGUGGGGGGAGGGGGGCGGCUCUCAUGCAGUACCACUCUAGGUCAAUAACAGGAAGGACUGUCAGUUACAAACAGGAAUGAUGUAUAUUGCCUCUCCUAGGAGAAACUGACUACCCCAGCUACUAAGCCAGUGAGAACCCCUCAUCACCCUGAAUUCUUGCUUUCCUCCAUGGAAUUUUGUUCAGAACUCCAGCUUCCUCCUUUUUACUCCUUCAUUUGUGGGACUUGCCUGUGGCUUUUACUAUAGCCUGUUUGACCCGAAUUGCAGUUCUUUGUUAUUCCUGAAUAAACCCAUCUUGCUGGUAAAAUAACUGGCUGUAUUUUUAGGUUAACAAGCUCAGUUGUUAGGUUUGUUCACCUUAUUGAACAGGGUUGUUUUCCUUAUACAUACUUGUAUUGUUGUUUUCUAUUCUGUAUUACGUAUCCCCAAAUGUAAGUACAAAAUUUUUAUAAAUCAAAAAAUUUUAAA